CGAUGGGUUUUAGACUGCUCAUACAACAGCAGUAGCCCAAGGUCCCCAGUCAGGUAUCCUCCCACUCUUCUUUCUUUCCAGACUCGCAUACCAACAAAUGCGCACUGGAACCUACUCCGCCAACCUUUCAAAUCGUGCAACCUGUCCUUUCCCAUCACGAAGUCUACGAAGUUCACGAACAUACCCUUCCACGCAUACAGCGCGCCAAAUCGAUCGCAUGUCCUGAUACGUUCCACACACCAUGAAUUCACAAAGGAACAUACGGCUUGCCUUGCUGGCAUGCAUCGCUUUCCUCUUCGCAUUUGUCGCCGCAGCAGACGCAGAGCAGCAGGAAGGCCCUCCACAACCUACCAAAUUCAAUGGCAUAGAAGUACCGCCGAUCGUACACCUCACAGGCGACAGCAUCAGUGAGGCUAUAAGCACAGGAAACUGGCUUAUCGAGUUCUACUCGCCAUACUGUGGCCACUGCCAAGCGAUGGCCCCCAUCUACCAGACCGCAUACGAGUACUACUACACCUCAAACCCCGUUCCUGGGAAUAAACAGGUCUCCGAUGACAGUCUGAACACCUUCUCGAGAUACUACGAUUUCAAGUUCGCGAAGAUAGACUGUAUAUCCUUUGGGGAUGCUUGCCAGAAGUAUGACGGCCUGCGAUUCCCGACUUUUAAGCUCUUCAAGAACGGCGAGGAGACGAGCAAGCAUGUCGGAGGCAUGGACAUCAACGUAUUUAGCGGCUUCGUGGAGGACUGCCUAGAGACGAUAAGACCGGGCUCGCGACCGAAGGAGGGAGUGAAGCUUCCUAAAGUUGGCGCUACGCAAACGGACGAUGCGGCUACGAAGCCGGAGGUAUCGGAGGAGAAGGACAAGAAUCCUGCGGCAGGCUCUGCCAUGGCCUCGGCGCACCGUGCUGUAGCGACUCCGGUGACUGCAAAGCCUGAAGCUGCAUUGCAGAAUCAGGCUCCGAUACAGAAUAGGCCCGCUUCGAAGGAUAACAGCAAAGCCAACCUCCAGGGCGACUCCGUGCCCCUGGAUGCAGAGGCCUUCCAGAAGAAAGUCACAGCAACGACCGAUGCUUGGUUCAUCAAAUUCUACGCACCAUGGUGCGGCCAUUGCAAAGCUUUGGCGCCAAACUGGAAGCAGAUGGCAAAGGAGAUGCAGGGCAGACUGAAUGUCGGAGAGGUUAAUUGUGAACAGGAGAAGCGUCUGUGCAAGGAAGCUGGCGUCAAGGGCUAUCCGACCAUGCUCUUCUUCAGGGGAGGUGAAAGGGUAGAGUAUGAGGGCUUGAGAGGUGUCGGGGACCUGAUUUCGUAUGCUAGCAGGGCGACUGAAGUCAACGAGGGCGUAGUUGAUGUCAACUUUGACGACUUUGUCAAGAUGGAGGAGACAGAGGAGGUCAUCUUCCUUUACUUCUACGACCACGCGACCACAAGCGAAGAUCUGGCAGCUCUCGAUCGCCUCACUCUGAGCCUUGUAGGACACGCCAAGCUGGUAAAGACAAACGACAAGAAACUCGUCGAACGAUUUGGUAUCACAACUUGGCCCAGGCUCGUCGUGUCUCGCGAUAGCAAGCCCACAUACUUUACGCCAUUGGCGCCCAAGGACAUCCGCGACGUCAAGAAAGUUCUCUCCUGGAUGAUGCAGAACUGGCUUCCCAUAGUUCCCGAGCUUACCUCCUCGAACGCCGUCGAGAUCAUGGAGGGCAGACUUGUUGUGCUCGCUGUCCUCACCCGUGACAACGAUGACGAAUUUAUCAGUGCGAAGCGCGAACUCAAGAAUGCUGCCAUUGAGUGGAUCGACAAGCAGACACACAUGAUGCAGCUUGAGCGUCAGGAGCUCCGAGAUGCUAAGCAACUGCGUAUCGAAGAGGCAGAGGAUCGCGACGACGAACGCGCUCUUUCCAAUGCCAAACGCAUCCGCAUUGACAUGGACGAGAUCAAGCGCACAGAGGUUGGCUUUGCAUGGGUCGAUGGCGUUUUCUGGGAUCGCUGGAUCCGCACCACGUAUGGUAUCGACGCAAAGGAUGGCCCCAAAGUCAUCAUCAACGACGAAGAUAACCGCCAGUAUUGGGACGUCACCAUCAACGGCGACCCCAUCCGCGCCUCCCGCACAUCCAUCUCAGAAACACUGCGCAGCGUCACCGCCAACCCGCCCAAGAUCUCCCCGAAAUCAACCUCCUCGCCAAUCAUGCGCGUCUACUACCGCUUUAUUCGCCUCUUCACCAAGCACCCCAUCAUCAUGGGCGUCGCCAUGCUCGUAAGCACCGUACUGGGCAUUUUAUACAGCAGGCGAGCGAGGAGAGGGAGGACUUUCGGCGAGACGGGAGGGUAUUUCAACCUCAGCGAGAAAGGCGGUCUGUUGAAUGGCGGGACUGGGGGGAAGACGGACUAAGUAGAGGCUGGGAUGAAAAUAGUUGGGGGAAGGGGGGGGAGACGUCGGAACUUGCAGAAAUGCAAAUGGGCGUUUUUUGGGUUUGGCAUAGGUGGUGUUGGUGGAUAUGUGUGUGUGUGUGGUGUAUUAUUAGGAGUGUGUAUUGUAUACCUGUGAUAGCGUCGCGAAUCUCUUAUAUACGUGGUGUGGGUGGUGUCGAUUUGGAUGAUGUGCUGUGUUCGGUAUCUGGAUUGAGUGUUGGGC